AUGGCAAUAGUUGAAACCUUACCUGUAGGGCCACUUCAGUGCAAUAUGGUAAUCAUUGCAGAUCCGGUCACUUUAGAAGCUGUUUUGAUAGAUCCAGGCGGUGAUGCUGAUCAAAUCAUCCAGCUUAUUGAUUCUCGUGGAUUUAAAAUCAAACAAAUCAUAAUUACUCAUGGACACGUCGACCAUAUCUUAGCAGCACCAGAGAUAGAGAAGCAUACAGGAGCUCCAGUCUAUUAUAACGCAAAUGACAGAAAUUUAUGACUAAGUAUUUCUUUGCAAUGCUUAUUUUUAGGCGUCCAAGCUCCCAAAAAAUGCCCUCCACCUAAAAAUAAUUUAGAAGACGGGGAUAUCUUGCAAGUAAGAAACGGCCGAGUUAUCCAUACCCCAGGCCACACCCAAGGAUCACUUUGCUUUUAUUUUGAAGCCGACAAACUCGUUUGUACAGGUGAUACGUUAUUUAUGAGUGGAGUCGGCAGAACAGAUCUGCCAGGAGGAAACAUGCAGCAGCUGAUGCAGUCUCUGCACGAAAAAGUAAUGACUUUGCCUGAUGAUACAAGAGUAAUCCCAGGACAUGGACCUGAAACAACUAUUGGUGAUGAGAAAAGCUCAAACCCAUUCCUAAACUUAAGCUAA